GGGGAGGAGCUGCGAACUUAAUAAAAGCAGGAGCCCCCUCGUCUCGGCCACUCAACAGACAGCUAAACUUGCUGACCAUCUCCCGUCCCACUUGCAGCUACCCUCACUCAUCACCAACAUCAACCAGAAUUCCGCAUCAAGAUGUCGAAGUAAGUCGUGACUUUUUCAAUGGAAGAUGUAAUCUCAAUCCAACUAACAUUGUCUAGCAAACCAGCCCAUCCCGCCUUUGCGCACUUCCCAAUUGCCUUUGUGACUCUCGCAGGCUUACUCGAUAUCCUUCACGUUGCGUCGAAGAGCCCUCUCACCUCAGAAUAUGUCCAGACAGGCAUCAAGACAUUGGAGCUCAAGCUGCCUCUUGAGAUGCUCCCUCUCCUCUCCUACUAUGCAACCGUCUUAGCUCUAGUCACCAUGGUCCCAGCCAUUCUCUCUGGUGCAACACAAAUGCUUCCAUUGAUUCAACGAGAUGGAUUUGGUACGAAGAAGGUUCGAACGGCGGUUACACAUGCGGCACUCAAUGAUGUUGUUGCGGGAAUGUUGGCCUACAACUGGAACACCAGACGCAAUGUCGAGGGUUUUGCACCCAGCUCGAUCAACUUGGGCAUUAGCUGUGCAUUGGCGAUGCCAAUCGUUUUCUUUGGAGCAGCGCUAGGAGGAGAGCUUGUUUAUACACACGGAAUGGGUGUUGGCAAGGCGAGCACUGCGAAGAGCAAGAAGGCUCAAUAG